UCAAGUUCCACACUGCGUUGGUGGAGUGCGGAGCGGUGUGGAGUCAUGCAAUAGUGCCAUACAGAGACAACAGAUCUCUCACAAUUCAUUCAUUUACUCGUUACUUCCUUCGUCAGUACUAUCCACUGACCUGUAAGUCAGACUGUCUGUGCUUAUCGCUAAAUAUUGAAUCUAGGUAACGUUUUUGUUCACGCAUCCUCCGUAGCAUAUUCACCGCGGCGUGCUUUUCACGUGGGCAAGGAAGAAAUCAUCGCGGAACUGGACAAGGGCAUCCAACUAAAAAUUCGAUAAUGAUUCCCACGAAAAUGGGAACCUUGAUUUUAGAGGACGGGACUACGUUUAGUGGCCGCCUUUUUGGAGCAAACGCGUCUGUGUCUGGAGAAGUUGUGUUCCAGACAGGCAUGGUGGGGUAUCCGGAGGCCCUGACUGACCCUUCAUACAGGAGCCAGAUCCUCACCCUCACCUACCCCCUGGUGGGUAACUACGGGGUGCCCCAGGAUGAGGAGGGAACCUGGGGGCUCAGCAAGUGGUUCGAGUCCUCUAGGAUCCAUGCGUGUGCUCUCAUCGUGGGGGAGGUGUCCCAGAACCCCAGCCACUGGAGCGCCUCCAUGUCCCUGGACCAGUGGCUCCAGCAGCAGGGCAUACCAGGCCUGGAGGGAGUCGACACCCGCCAGCUGACCCAGAAGAUCCGGGAGAAGGGCACCAUGCUGGGGAAGCUGGUGGUGGACGGCACCCCGGCCGACAGCAUCCCCCUGGACAACCCCGACCAGAGGAACCUGGUCAGGGAGGUCUCCAUGAAGGAUCCCAGGGUGUUCAAUCCCAGCGGCACCGUGAGGAUCACAGCGGUAGACUGUGGCAUCAAGAACAACCAGAUCCGCUGCCUGGCCCAGCGAGGGGCCUGUGUCACCGUGGUACCCUGGGACCACCCCCUGGACCAGACAGACUUUGACGGGUUGUUCCUUAGCAAUGGCCCUGGAGAUCCCCAGUUCUGCAUGGAGACUGUGGAGAACUUGAGGAGGGUGGUGUGUGUGGACGAGCCGAAGCCAGUGUUCGGCAUCUGCCUGGGUCACCAGCUCCUCUCCCUGGUCAUCGGAGCCAAGACCUACAAGAUGAAGUACGGUAACCGUGGUCACAACCAGCCGUGCAUCCACAAAGGAACAGGCCGCUGUUUCAUCACGUCUCAGAACCAUGGCUUCGCAGUCGACCCCCUGACCCUGACCCCUGGCUGGGACGUCCUCUUCACCAAUGCCAACGACCACUCCAGCGAAGGCAUCGUACACAACACCAAACCCCUGUUCAGUGUCCAGUUCCACCCAGAGCACAUGGCCGGACCCACUGACCUGGUCGGCCUGUUUGAUGUCUUCAUGGAGACUGUCCGGGAUCAUAAGGAUGGAAAGAGCGGCAAACCAGUGAAGCAGAGGCUGAAUGAGUACCUGUCCUACCCCGGUUCUCCCCGGCCCGAGGACUUUGUCCGCCCCCGGAAGGUUCUGGUGUUGGGUUCUGGAGGGCUCUCCAUCGGCCAGGCAGGAGAGUUCGACUACUCCGGCUCCCAGGCCAUAAAGGCCCUGAAGGAGGAGAACAUCCAGACAGUCCUGAUCAACCCCAACAUCGCCACGGUCCAGACCUCCAAGGGGCUGGCCGACAAGGUCUACUUCCUCCCCCUCACCCUGGACUACGUCACCCAGGUCAUAAAGAACGAGCGUCCUGAUGGGGUCCUCCUGGCCUUCGGGGGGCAGACUGCUCUGAACUGCGGUGUGGAGCUGACGCGACGCGGCGUGCUGGAGCGCUACGGGGUGCGGGUGCUGGGAACGCCCGUGGCCUCCAUCGAGAUGACGGAGGACAGGAAGGUGUUUGUGGAGAAGAUGGAGGAGAUCAGCGAGCAUGUGGCCCCUAGCGAGGCAGCGCUGUCUCUGGAGCAGGCGGUGGCAGCUGCGGAGCGUAUAGGCUACCCCGUCAUGGUGCGCUCAGCCUUCGCCCUGGGCGGCCUUGGGUCCGGCUUUGCCAACACACGCGAGGAGCUGGUCACCCUGGUAACGGCGGCCUUCGCCCACACGUCCCAGGUUCUGGUGGACAAGUCCCUGAAGGGCUGGAAGGAGAUCGAGUACGAGGUGGUCCGAGACGCCUACGACAACUGCAUUACGGUGUGUAACAUGGAGAACAUCGACCCUCUGGGCAUCCACACAGGGGAGUCCAUCGUGGUGGCCCCCAGCCAGACGCUGAACGACUACGAGUACCACCUGCUGAGGAGCACAGCCAUCAAGGUGAUCCGGCACCUGGGCAUCGUAGGGGAGUGCAACAUCCAGUACGCCCUGAACCCUGAGUCUGAACAGUACUACAUCAUCGAGGUGAAUGCUCGGCUGUCCCGCAGCUCUGCCCUGGCCAGCAAGGCCACAGGGUAUCCACUGGCCUAUGUAGCGGCCAAGCUAGCCCUGGGCAUCCCCCUGCCCCAGCUCAGGAACUCUGUGACCAACUCCACCACGGCUAACUUUGAGCCCAGUCUGGACUACUGCGUGGUGAAGGUUCCUCGCUGGGACCUCAGCAAGUUCCUCCGCGUCAGCACCAAGAUCGGCAGCUCAAUGAAGAGCGUGGGAGAGGUGAUGGCUAUUGGCCGCAGCUUCGAGGAGGCGUUCCAGAAGGCCCUGAGGAUGGUGGAUGAGAACUGUGUGGGGUUCGACCACACUAUCAAACCUGUCUCAGACGAGGAGCUGCAGACGCCCACAGACAAGCGGAUCUUUGUGUUGGCGUCGGCCCUGCGUGCGGGCUACACGGUGGACCGCCUCUACCACCUGACCAAGAUCGACCGCUGGUUCCUGCACAAGAUGCAGAACAUCGCCGAGCAGGAGCGCGUGCUGGAGACGUCCAGCCGGGAGGGCAGCAGCAUCACCCCAGAGGUGAUGAGGAGAGCCAAGCAGCUCGGCUUCUCUGACAAGCAGAUCGCCAUGGCCGUGCAGAGCACGGAGCUGGCGGUGAGGAAGCUGCGUCACGAUUGGUCGAUCCUGCCUGUGGUGAAGCAGAUCGAUACGGUGGCGGCGGAGUGGCCCGCCCACACCAACUACCUGUACCUGACCUACAACGGCAGCAGCAGCGACGUGAGCUUCUCCCAGCAGCAUGUGAUGGUGCUGGGCUCCGGGGUAUACCGCAUCGGCAGCAGCGUGGAGUUUGACUGGUGCGCUGUGGGCUGCAUCAUGGAGCUACGCAAGAUGGGCUACAAGACCAUCAUGGUCAACUGCAACCCAGAGACCGUCAGCACAGACUACGACAUGUGCGACCGCCUCUACUUUGAUGAGAUCUCCUUUGAGGUGGUGAUGGACAUCUACGAGCAGGAGAACCCUGAGGGGGUGAUCCUGUCCAUGGGCGGCCAGCUGCCCAACAACAUCGCCAUGUCCCUCCACCGCCAGCAGUGCCGCGUCCUGGGGACCUCCCCAGAGUUCAUCGACUCUGCGGAGAACCGCUUCAAGUUCUCCCGCAUGCUGGACACCAUCGGGAUCAGCCAGCCCCAGUGGAGGGAGCUGACAGAGACCGAGUCUGCUAUGCGGUUCUGCGAUGCGGUGGGCUACCCCUGCCUGGUGCGCCCGUCCUACGUGCUGAGCGGAGCGGCCAUGAACGUGGCUCACCAGCACCGUGACCUGGAGGCCUACCUCAGCAGCGCCGUGGCCGUCUCCAAGGAGUACCCUGUGGUCAUCUCCAAGUUCAUCCAGGAGGCCAAGGAGAUAGAUGUGGAUGCGGUAGCGUGUGAUGGCUUGGUGAUAGCCAUCGCGGUGUCGGAGCAUGUGGAGAACGCAGGGGUGCAUUCUGGGGACGCCACUCUUGUCACGCCCCCCCAGGACAUCAACCCCACCACCAUGGAUCGCAUCACUGCCAUCGUACACGCCAUCGGCCGAGAACUGCAGGUCACUGGACCUUUCAACCUGCAACUCAUCGCCAAGGACGACCAGCUGAAGGUGAUAGAGUGCAACGUCCGCGUGUCUCGCUCUUUCCCCUUUGUUUCCAAGACACUGGGUGUGGACCUGGUCGCCCUGGCGACACAGGUGAUCAUGGGCAAGGAGGCUGAGCCUGUGGGCCUGAUGAAGGGCACCGGGAUUGUGGGGGUCAAGGUGCCCCAGUUUUCCUUCUCUCGGCUGGCGGGGGCAGACGUGGUUCUGGGAGUGGAGAUGACCAGCACCGGAGAGGUGGCCUGCUUUGGGGAGAACCGCUACGAGGCCUACCUGAAGGCCAUGCUCAGCACCGGCUUCAAGAUCCCCCAGCGCAACAUCCUGCUGUCCAUCGGGAGCUACAAGAACAAGAGUGAACUGCUGCCCACAGUGCAGGCUCUGGAGAGUCUGGGAUACGACCUGUACGCCAGCCUGGGCACUGCAGACUUCUACACUGAGCACGGAGUCAAGGUGACGGCGGUGGACUGGCCGUUUGAGGAGGAGGAGGGUGACAGCAGGGACAAGCAGAGGAGCAUCAUGGACUACCUGGAGGAGAACCACUUCGACCUGGUCAUCAACCUCUCCAUGAGGUCCUCUGGAGGCCGACGCCUCUCCUCCUUCGUCACCCGCGGUUACCGUACGCGCCGCAUGGCCAUCGACUACUCCGUGCCCCUCAUCAUUGACAUCAAGUGCACCAAGCUGUUCGUGCAGGCGCUGCGUCAGGUGGGUCCGUCUCCACCCGUCAAGACUCACGUGGACAGUAUGACAUCACAGCAACUCAUCCGUCUGCCUGGUCUGAUUGAUGUCCAUGUGCACCUGAGGGAGCCAGGAGCCGUCCACAAGGAGGACUUCUCGUCGGGCACAGCUGCAGCGCUGGCGGGGGGGGUCACCAUGGUGUGUGCCAUGCCCAACACCUCCCCCGCCGUCACUGACCCCAGCUCCCUCGCCCUGGUGCAGAAGCUGGCCAAGGCAGGCUGCCGGUGUGACUACGCCCUCUUCCUGGGUGCAGCCUCCGACAACGCAGACAUCCUGCCCUCCAUCGCCAGCAGCGCCGCAGGCCUGAAGAUGUACCUGAACGACACCUACUCCACCUUGAAGAUGGACAACGUGUCUCUCUGGAUGGAGCACUUUGAGAAGUGGCCCAAGCACCUCCCUAUCGUGGCCCAUGCAGAGAAGCAGACGGUGGCGGCCAUCUUGCUGGUGGCCCAGCUGUACCAGCGGCCGGUUCACAUUUGCCACGUGGCCCGCAAGGAGGAGAUCCUGAUCAUCCGUGCUGCCAGGCAGAAGGGGGUGCAGGUGACGUGUGAGGUGGCCCCCCACCACCUCUUCCUGUGCGAGGAGGAUGAGGCGUCCAUGGGGGCGGGCUGGGCCCAGGUGAGGCCGGCUCUGGGGACCCGCGAGGACAUGGAAGCCCUCUGGGACAACCUGGACGUCAUUGACUGCUUCGCUACCGACCACGCCCCCCACUCAGUGGAGGAGAAGAGGAGUGCGUCCCCCCCCCCUGGCUACCCUGGUCUGGAGACCAUGCUGCCUCUCCUCCUCACUGCCCUGAGCCAGGGACGACUCACCCUCGACGACAUCAUCCGCCGUCUCUACGACAACCCCCGCAAGAUCUUCUCCCUGCCCGCCCAGGAGAACACAUAUGUGGAGGUGGACCUGGAGCACGAGUGGGUGAUUCCCCAGGCCAUGCAGUUCACCAAGUCCCGGUGGACACCUUUCCAGGGGAUGAAGGUGAAGGGGAAGGUCCGCAGGGUGGUGCUCCGAGGGGAGGUGGCCUACAUCGAUGGACAGGUUCUGGUUCCUCCAGGCUACGGGGAGGAUGUGAAGACCUGGCCAGCCGCCAGCCCCCUUCCCCCCGACUCUCCCAAACAAGCCCCACGGACCCCAGAGCGCCCCCGGCCCACCCCUCCAUUUGAAGCGGUGCGUCACCGUGUUCUGAGUCCUCGUCGCUUGGCAUCAGACGGGCGCUACAUACUACCCCCCCGCAUCCACCGUGCCUCCGACCCCGGUCUGCCCCCAGCAGCGGAGGAUUCAAAAGAGAGGGCUUUACGAAGAACGCAUGACGAAGAGCUCUCUGGGGCUGGUGAUGGGUACAGCCACCCCCCUCCUCUGGCCAGGCUGCUGUCUCCCCAGGCCCCUCCUGGCCUGCCCCACCCCGGCCAGCACCACCUGCCCCCGCUGGUCCACCUCCAGACCUCCCCCCUGCUGCACCCGCUCAUCGGACAGCACAUCCUGUCUGCCCAGCAGUUCAGCAAGGAGCAGACCUCUCACCUGUUCAACGUGGCGCACACGCUCCGCCUGAUGGUGCAGAAGGAGAGGACCCUGGACAUCCUGAAGGGCAAGGUGAUGGCGUCCAUGUUCUACGAGGUCAGCACGCGCACCAGCAGCUCGUUUGCGGCGGCGAUGCAGCGUCUGGGCGGGACCGUGGUCCACUUCAGCGAGGCCACCUCCUCCUCCCAGAAGGGCGAGUCUGUGGACGACUCGGUCCACACCAUGAGCAGCUAUGCUGACGUUCUGGUGCUGAGACACCCCACACCUGGGGCUGUGGAGACGGCAGCGAGACAGUGUCGCAGGCCUGUGAUCAACGCAGGUGACGGGGUGGGGGAGCACCCCACACAGGCUCUCCUGGACGUGUUCACCAUCAGGGAGGAGCUGGGCACCGUCAACGGCAUGACGAUCACCAUGGUGGGUGACCUGAAGCACGGCCGCACAGUCCACUCCCUGGCCCGGCUGCUGACCCAGUACCGCAUCACGCUGCGCUACGUGGCACCCCCAAACCUGCACAUGCCCGCAGAGAUCCUGCACUUCGUAGCCUCCAAGGGCAUCAAGCAGGAGGAGUUUGAGAGCAUUGAGGAGGCGCUGCCAGACACAGACGUGCUCUACAUGACGAGGAUCCAGAAGGAGAGAUUCUCCUCUGAGAAGGAGUUCAAAGAGUGCUUCGGCCACUUCAUCCUCACCCCUCACAUCAUGACUGGAGCCAAGAGGAAGAUGGUGGUGAUGCACCCUCUUCCCCGUGUUAAUGAGAUCAGUGUGGAGGUGGACACGGAUCCGCGCGCUGCAUACUUCCGUCAGGCUGAGAACGGCAUGUACAUCAGGAUGGCCCUCCUGGCCACCGUACUGGGCCGGUGAGGCGUGCGCACCAGGAAGCAGUGGGGCCCAGACAGACCUUAAAAGGACCAAUAGCAUUAAAGGGAAUAUUUAGCAGGUUGUGCAAGGGAAGGGGGGGGGGGAGGGGCACAUUACUGACCAACAAGUGGAAUCACUGUGAUCUUUCUUUUGACUAUGCUGGUGGUGUUUCCUGUACGGACAGGAAGGGAGAGUCAGUGAGUCACAACAUUGACCUCCUCAGAAGGGUUCUGGAAGACGUCAAGGGAUCAGAGACUGAGCUGUAGCCUUAGUGUUCCCAAGACAGCAGACUGUUCUAGUUUCAAUCUAUUUGCACUCCCAUUCACUAUCAAUUUCUUGUAAACGACAUUUAAAAGCUGAGAGUGCCUACCUAAGGCUGAUAUUCUAGCAUUUGCAACAAUUUAACAUUAAAUAGCCUGUGGUAUGUGUGUGGGAAUUAUUCAGAUGUCAGGUUGCACAUUCCAGAAUCGUUUAUUUGAUCAGAUGGAGUUCCAACCUUUCUGACAGUAGUGUUUGUCUGUGCAUGUGAUGGGUAGCAUUGUCAUCAAUGAACCGAUUCUGCUAUUGUAGUUUAUAAAUCCUGAUAACAAGACUCGACUAGUUAUCUUGGUGUCUUGUGGGGAUGAAAGAACAUAUAGAACUGUUAAGGAGAAAGUUGUGCACAACAUAAUUGACAUUUUUAUUGAUGGAAAAAUACAAGUUUUGUUAUACAAAACUUUUGUCUGUUUCUUUCC